UGUCAACUGAAAUGAGAGCUCGGUCGAUCAAUUUUACAUUUACCUACACUGUCAUCUGCUGAACCACCGAGUCGGAAACGGUCAGGGCUAGACACAUAGAUCAACGGACGGAGGGGCCUUCACCCUUCGAAGGUACGUUGACUUGUUUAGCGCCAUGCGUGACCACACCGUUCUGCUUCAAACCAAGAUCAAAGCAAAGGUGGCAUUGCAGGUGGGAUUGCUUCAACAAGGUCAACACCUAUACCUUGUCGUCGGCGGAAGACGCAGGUCGACGCAGGGGAGAAUUCGUCUGGCGUUGGGAACACAUGUAAAAGCAAGCUCUGCAAAGCCUAUGGUUUUGCAGGGAUGUCAUCUUCACACAUCAGCAGAUACCUAUCCCAGCCGUUCCGCUUGGGACGACCUACAAUGCAGCACGCUUCUUUUUACAAUCGGAUCCACGUAUAACUGUAAUGACUUUGCAGCAACGCCUUAACUAAAUGCCAGGCUAAAAUGGUGCCUAGAAGUGAUUUCCGGACAUUGCUGCAACAACAAAAACCGGCAACUGAGUCCCGUUGCAGCUCACAACCCCCUAGGCCCCGUCUUCCCCUCCAUAACAGCAUUAUACGACUCAAUCCCCGACGAGUCAUUCUCAUGUCUCGCCGGGCCGGUCGGGUACUCCGACAUCAGCUCGCCCGCGGCACCGCCUGCGCGGAGUUCUUCCAUAGUGAGUGCGUUGCCGGACGCUUCGCGUCGGAUGGAUUCUUGAUGCUGCUGUUCGUGGGCGGCGAUGGAUUCGUGGGACGAGCCGAGAGAGCCCGCUUGGGCGAGAGGGUUGUGGCUGAACAUAGGAAAAGAGGGUGGUGUAAGAUUUCUUGGGCUUCGUUUUCGUUGAUGAAAAACCGGCAGUUUACUCACUCAGUCAUGGUUGAUGCUCCGAAUGCUGCUUUGGGUAAUGAAAAGUGCUGCGGUUCUUGAAGUUUGGCGCUUUGAUGUGCGGUUAGAGAAACGAGCUAGGAGAAUGUCUGGAU